AUGAAAUACAUCGUUUAUACGAAAAAGUGCGUUCAUAACGGCAUUUUGCGUGAUCGCAGCAUUGCAAAAAUUUCCGAACAGGAUUGGAAUUUAAUUCAUGAUGUCCAUUUAAAGGGCAGUUUUAAAGUUACCCAGGCUGCUUGGCCCUACAUGAAGAAACAGAACUAUGGCCGCAUUAUUAUGACCUCUUCCAACUCGGGAAUGUAUGGUAACUUUGGACAAGCCAAUUAUUCGGCAGCCAAAAUGGGUUUGGUGGGUCUGGCCAACACUGUGGCCAUUGAAGGCACCAAGAACAAUAUUCACUGCAACGUCAUUGUGCCUACAGCUGCCAGUCGUAUGACUGAAGGUAUUUUGCCUGAUAUGCUUUUCAACGAAUUAAAGCCACAAUUGAUUGCCCCUGUUGUUGUCUAUUUGUGUCACGAAUCUUGCGAGGAUAACGGCGCCUACAUUGAAAGUGCUGCUGGUUGGGCUACCAAAGUACAAAUUUUCCGUGGUAAAGGCACUGUCCUUCGUACUUCAAUCGAACAGGAUACCAUCGCUCCUGAAGCAGUGCAGAAACUUUGGGGCAAAGUUACUGAUAUGAGCGAAGCCACCAGUUUGGAUGCCAUCAGCCGGGCCUCCGGUUACUUGCUUGAAGUUUUGGAAAAACUUAAGGAAGGUAAAAUCGGUGAUGUAGAAGAUACCUUCUCAUUUGGGUCUAAGGAUUUGAUUCUGUACGCCUUGGGCAUUGGAGCUACCGUUAAAAAUGCUGAUGACUUGAAAUUCUUAUACGAAAACGAUGCUGAUUUCUCCCCCAUACCCUCAUUCUUUGUGAUGCCUGGUUUAAUGCUCAGCAUGAGUUCCAACUUGGUGGCAUCUGCUCUGCCAUCUGGCAAAGCUGAUCUUACCAAUAUUUUGCAUGGCGAACAAUACUUGGAAAUCUGUGAUGACAUUCCCACCAGUGGCAAAUUGACCACCACUGGCAAGGUAUUCGAUGUUAUGGACAAGGGAUCCGGUGCUGUUGUUGUCACUAAUUCAGACUCUUACGAUGAAUCCGGACGACUAUUGGUCAAGAAUCAAAGCUCCAUCUUUGUUGUGGGUGCCGGCAAAUUUGGAGGCAAAAAGAACCCCAUCAAUGGUGUUGUACCCAUUGUCCCAGCACCCAACCGUGCACCUGAUGCCUCAAUCCAAUACAAGACAAGUGAAGAUCAAGCUGCUUUGUACCGCCUUUCUGGUGAUUUGAACCCACUACACAUAGACCCAAGUUUUGCAGCUAUUUCUGGCUUUAAGACUCCUAUUUUGCAUGGCCUUUGUUCUUUGGGCUUUUCAGUUCGUGCUGUUUUAGCCAAAUACGCCAAUAACAAUUCGGCCCUAUUCAAGGCAGUAAAAGUACGUUUUGCCUCGCCCGUCUUGCCCGGACAAACAUUGAAGGUCGAUAUGUGGAAGGAAGGCAAGCGUAUCUACUUCCGCACAAGCAUUGUCGAAACCGGCAAGGAUGUCAUUACAGGUGCUUAUGUCGACCUUAAAGAUACAUCUGCCAAGUUGUAAAUAAAAUGGCAAUAUAAACGCAUUCCCUGCGUAGUUGUUAAGUUAAGAAGAGUUUUACUCUGUGUGGGUGGUUUAAUUAGUCUGGUUUAAGAUAUAUAUAUUUUUUUUACAUGUGUACAUAAUUCCCUUAAAAAAUUAAUAUACAAUACAAUAUUUGUUUUUAAAUUAUGCAUA